AUGCAUGAACAAAUUGCUUUCCAAACUACAUAUCAGUGGGCGGAGUCUAGAGGUGAAAUCAUUGCGCUGACUGGUAAACCAGUCAACGAUCCAAAAGUAGCCAACCCUGUGAUCUGCAAUCAAGGAAACAGAAAAUUGAUGGAAAAUGAAAACCUCAAUAAGGCAGAUAAGGAUGCCUUGAAUCGCGUGGCACAAUGCCUCCAUUUUUCAUCGGGCAGCAACAACACUUGUGAUUAUCCCAAACUGCUACACCGAGAAGUCUGUCACUCGGCACCUACGCUAAACUGA